CAUUAUUACUUGACACAGCAAUCUCAUCAGCCAAGCAUCUUACCAACCGCCAUCACCAUGUUAUAAUACCCCCAUUUGCCAACCAUCACUUCAACUUCAUCAGACAAUUAACAAGCCAUAUCGCUUCCUCUCCCUGUCUUCCUACAUCCGCCCUGUUUCUAAUCCUUUCCAUCUCUGGGGAUGUCCAGAGGUGGUAGAUAAAGAAGUUGCAACCUCCAUGACCUCUCCACAUAUACAUCUUUGCACCCGAACUUCAAUAGAGUCAGACAGAGCUUGAGAGAGAGAGAAGAGACAGCAGCACUGCAGCAGCAGCAGCAAUGGAAGAGUUCACAUUCCCCACCGUCCCGUUUGAGCACUGCAACACCGGCAACAAGGCCCCCUUCCCUCACUUCGCCUCCGCGUCCCCGUGGCUCGUCGUCUCCGGCGGCGUUGUGGACACGGCCGGGCACGAGCACGAGCAUCGAAGGAGCUUCUCGGCCGCGGAGAAGCAAGCCCCGGGCAGCGACCACCACCUGGGAGGCUACGACGGCCACCACCACGGCUCGGCGAGGUUCGCCGUGGAGGACAAGAUGGACAUGCUGUGGGAGGACUUCAACGAGGAGCUCGCCCGGGCCGCGCAGCCGUGCCCACUCUCCAAGGGGACGCCCUCGUGGGCGGCGACGAAAGAGUCCUGGUUCGAUGGCGACGGCUACGAAGGCGCCGGCGAGACGCGGAAGCACGCCGUCGUCCGGAGGCGUAGGAUGGGCCUGCUCAUGAUGCUGAGGCUGCUCAAGAAGCUGUUCCUGGCGCCCAAAUCCGGCGCCGCCCCGUCGAGGAAGGCGCCGCCGAUCUGAUGCAGCUGAAAAAUCGAGUCUUCGACUGUGCAUGGAUGAUGAUGUAUCAGGUGUAUAUACGAGAGCGAUCGAUUCAUCAAUACAUGUUUCUCUCACUAGCACAGUAGCACAGGACCAAGAACUUGGUUCACAGCUGCCCUCAGUGGCUAUGGCUUUUUGGUGAUGAAUGUUCUUAUUUCUCUGUUAGAAGUUCAUCUUGGCUGUGUGGCUGUUCAGAGCCUGAUUGGUUGUGCCUUGGGUUUGGCUUAAUUUUGACUAGCUGCUAGAACUUGCAGAAUCGGGGCAGCUAUAAGAAUUCUGCAUCGAACAAUGUUGUACAGUCAGGCUGAUUUUGCAAUUUCGUCAAAUUCUUUCAUGGCUGAAAUUUUCAGAUGUGUGCCAUUUGAAAUUUCGGAACAAUAAGAGAAUAUUUGCUACUUU